CCUGCCCUGCCCUGGCGGGGUGGGCGCGGCCAUGGCCUCCCGGGAAGCGCAGGCCCCUCCGCUGAGGAGAAGCUCUCCGCAGGAGGGAGCCGGCCGCCUGCCCUCUUGUUCCAGGGAGGCCGGGAGUUAGUAGUCCUGCUGUAAGGUCUUGCCGCGAGGUUACGAGAGUUACCGCCUGUGCUUGGGUUGCUUGAUUUCUUUCCGGAUUAGGGAAAUGAAUAAAAGUGGAAAGCUAAUAUUGUGCCAAAAUCCACUGGACCCAAAUAAACCAGAACCGCUGCAGCAGCAGGGCUGUGAGGAGGCUUUGCCUGACCCUGGCUUGUCACCCUGGAGGCUCCCUAGAAACCCCCUGUGCAGCAGGAUGCCUGGGCCUGGUUCCUCAGAGCCGCCUGCUGCAUCUGGCACCUCCUCCGGCUUGUCCCGCCCCGGCAGCGCAGCUCGCCUGCAAACUUUGCAGGAAGUGCCUGAGCUGAGCCAAGCUGUGCUGGGCUGAGCUGAACCAAACCGACCACAGCCAGGCUUUCGGGACCCAGGUUUUGUCUGCCAGGGACCGGAGCCAUCUUUCCUCCUCCUCCUCAUCCCAGCUGCCUCGUGGUGCUGCUGGUGCCUGCCUGCCUGGCAAGUCAGAGCAUGUCCGGACCCCGUCGACAAGACGCAGAAGAUGGCAGAGCUGCUGGGGCUUGGGGACAAGUGCGGGGAGGGGGCUUCAGGGGCUCCUGUGCUCGCUGGCUCCUGCCUUGCAGACAACAGGCUGAACCUGGAUGUUUAUCCUGACGGCUGCCGCCGGUUCCUCCAGCUGUUCGAGGGGCGACGGGGAGAGGUGGUCCAGGUGGAGUUCCUCCGGCUCAGCAGCAACGAUCACCUCCUUGGCACCACGCUGGGCAUCCUUCCUCAUCUGAAGCACCUGAAAUCCCUGGUGCUCAAAGGUGGCCAUGCCAGGGAUGAGUUUGGUUCAUGUCAGUAUGGCUCCCUAACAAGCUUGCCACCAGAUGUUGGGAACCUGAGGUGUCUCACCCACUUGGAUAUCAGCUUCAACAGCCUCUCCACCUUGCCCAGCUGCAUCCUGCACCUCCCCAGCCUCCGCAUGCUCUUGGUGAGCCACAACAGCCUGGUGGCACUCCCUGAGGACUUUGGCUCUCUGAGCAAGCUGACUUUCUUCUCUGCUAUGAAAAAUCAGCUGAAGGACUUACCUCAGAGCAUUGGGGAGCUGGCAGUGCUGCAGGACCUGGAUCUCUCAGAAAAUGCUUUGGAAUUCCUCCCAGAAGAAGUUGGGAAUCUGUGCAACUGCACAGAGCUGGAUCUCUCUGGCAAUCGCUUAUCGAGCAUCCCAGACUCCUUAGCCAAUUUGAAGUCUCUGCGGCGGCUGCAUCUCCACAGCAAUCUCCUGGUGACAGUCCCUGCCUCGCUUGCCAGUCUGCCCAACUUGUCCAGACUUGAUCUGCAGAACAAUUGCCUCCGUACUGUCCCUCCCGAGAUCCAGACCUCGCCAUUCGUGCGCCUCCAAGGCAAUCCCUUAGGAGAAACUGAGCCAUCCCCGCAGGCUGAUGAACCCAGUGCUGGAGGGCUACGAAGACUCUUCCUUGCAUCGGGAGAGGACAGCUUUACAGUCACCUCUGAAGGCUGCAAAGUGGUCCUGGCCUGUGGCAUCCAUUUCUACUUUCCACCGGGGACUGCCUCUGACCCUCUGCGGAUCUACUUCCGAACCCUCGCACCAGAUCCUCAGUGGGUAAAGCUGAGACACCAUGAUGUCCUGCUAAGUACAGUCCUGGAGCUGCAGCCUCAUGGAGUCAAAUUCCAGCAGGAGGUGCAGAUCUGGCUGCCAUAUGCCUCCCCUCAAACCCUUCACCAGCGUGAGGUGGUAGUUCGGACCUUCAGUGGGCAGAGCUGGAGUGAUCUGAGAACAAGAGUGGAGCAGAAGAGAAAAUCAAAGAAGCAUGUGGCUCACUGUAGUGUCCUUCACUUCUCUUGGUUCCUUGUUGUGUCUCGACUUGUGCAAAAUGAAUGCAAAGUGCCAACAGAGGGGACAUUGCUCUUCUCCAGUGUGGAUCCAAACAUCAAAGUGACCUUUCCUCCUGGAGUCACUGAAGAGACUCGCAGUGUCAAGCUGCAGGUGCUGCCAGUCUCUGCAGAAGAGAUAGAGGAAAUCAUGGCCGAUGCAGGAUGCAGAGCCAGUCCCCUGCUCUGCCUCUCCCAGGACUCCCUGGUGGAUUUUCUCAGGCCAGUGAGAAUUCAGCUGCCCCUCCCGCCCGGGGUCACAGGGCUAAAUUUAGAUCGGUCAAGGCUGCAUCUUCUCCAUGGUGACCUGGAGGGCCAAACCUGGGAUGACAUUACCAGUCAGGUAGUGCUGGAAUUCACCCAUCUUUAUGCAGUGUUUGAAGUCACCCACUUCUCCUGGUACUGGCUGUGGUACACCACCAAGACCUACAUUGGAGGCAUUGCCAAGAAAGUCUAUGAGCGGCUGCGUAUGUACCAGGUGAACUUCAUUGCCCUGCAGAGGAAGAAGGACCCCGAGCAAGUCCUGCUACAGUGUGUCCCCAAGCACAAGGUUGACCCAGUGCUGAAGAAGCUGCAGGACCGCUAUCGAGGACCUGAACCAUCUGACAUGGUGGAGAUGUUUGAGGGAGAGCAAUUUUUUGCAGCUUUUGAGCGAGGCAUCUGCAUUGAUAUGGAUCGCCCCGACUGUGUGGAUGGACGUCUCUUGUUCAUUUUUUACUCCCACUUGAAGAACAUGAAGGAAAUCUAUGUGACCUCCCCUGUAGACAGGAAAGGCCAAGCUGUAAAAGGCCAGGUCUCUUUCUACCGAGGGGCAGUUCCUGAGAGCAUCCCUGAAGAUGCCAGCAGGAGGAGGAAAGGACCAGACUCACUCUGGCUCGCUACUCUGCCCAUCAAACUGCCUCGAUUGAAACCCCGCUGGGGUGAGAACCCUGGUCCCCUGAAUGGCUUCUCCUUCCCUCCCUUGAACCUGGGCAACGCGGAGACUGGCUACCUGACACAGGCAAACUUGCUGAGCAUUGCCAGGCGCAUGGGAGCUGACUGGCAGACCAUCGGCCUGAACCUGGGCUUGACCUAUCAGCAGAUUGAGCGCAUAGGAUACAAUAACAGAGAGGACCUUGAUAAGCAGAUCCUGGACAUGCUUUUCUCAUGGGCUCAGCAAAACUUGGAGGAUCGUGACUGUGUGAACAAGUUGAUUACAGCCAUGAAAGAGAGUGGCCGCCAGGACAUUGCUGAUGAGGUUGAAACCAUCAUUGAGCUGGGACGGCAGAAAUACAGGGAGUCCAUCCGCCGGGUGGGCUUGGAGCAGGAGAGCAGCACUGAGGACUCUGCAAUGGCUAUGAUGUAGAACCUAGCAGAAAGAACUGGGUUUCAUAUGGGUUACCUCUGUGUACCCGGAGUGACAAUGUCUUGGGACUGCUCCCACCUCAAGGGCCAGUGUCUUCCCAAGGAGCUGGGCACUGAUUUACCUGUGAGCAGACUACUGAGCUCUCUUGGGUCUAUACUCACAUGCCACUUCUGCCGAUCCCAGACAGUUUAGAGUGUAUUUAUGAGCCUUUUCUGUACUUCCAGUUCUUGACCUUGAGCUUUAGCUUUCAGAAACAUGGAGAAAUUCAGAGACUGAAGUGUCUGUCAGUUCAGUAGUGGCUAAAGUAGCCUUUAAUGAAUUAAUACUCAUGUUAUGUAUAUUUAUUUGUAACUUAUUCCUGAAACUGUGUUCUGCUGGAAACACUGGGUGUGAGCAUUUGGGUCUGUCUGUGCUCCAGUGCUUGAUGGGAAAGUGGAGGUACACUCGUGUUAUGAAGGCCUAUGGUGCGGUGGGGACUGUUCAGCUAUUUCUGUUAAUGAUGUGUUUUGCUCACAUGAAAAUGUGAACUGUAUUCCCCAUGAAAAUGUUUUCUGUUUUCUGCCAAAUCUCUUCCAGUUCCCUCAAGCCCAAAACAAAACCUAAGUAUUGGUGGGGAAAAGAGAAGAAACUAAUUUCUAGCAAAAUUGCUGUUGUUUUUUGGUUUUGCUCCAAAAGCUAUUUUGGAGCAAAUAAAAUUUCACAUUGUCCUUAGGCUGCUGCACCUGCCAGGCUUUUUAGAUGACACCUACAUGCUGCUGGUCUUUGACAGAGUUCCAGUUUUAUUUUACAAAAAUCCAUAACCUUGCUGUUCUGGGAGAGACUCUAACUUGAAAGUAAAAUUUCCCUUGCAGUUUCAAAGGGAUAUUCCUCACAUCCUCCCAGUGAAAUAUGCCUGCGUAGUAGUGAAGGUGUGACCCCUCAUGAAGUUUGGUGAAAAGCAUGUCUUAAAUUUGCAUUUUAAAAACUGGUCUGACCAGCUGUGAAAUAGGCACUUGUGGGAUUGGCGUGAACUGUGCUGAGCUAACCUCCCAGUUUUGCAGUCUGAACAUCAUGCGUAAGGCUGGAAGUGUUUAUUGCUUUUUAACUGCUCAGCCAUUGAGUACUGAGGUGCCCUUCUCUUCCUGUUCCCCAUCUCAUAAAGGGCCUCAAUCCAUUAAUGACAGUGGGAAAUUUCAUGCAAGCUUUUUGAAAUGUCAUCUACGUAAAUUCAGUUCUUUCAAGACAGGUUUGGAUUCAGCAUAACUCUCUAAGCAAUAUUUAAAGGGCUGUUCUCAGUCUGAAAAAUGAAAGUCUGUAUAAAAAUGCCAGGUUGCAACACCCAAAGUCAACCUGCAGCCACAGGUCUGAGAAAUCCUGGUGUCUUCUUCCCCCUGUGAAGAAUCAUCAGUGGUUUCCCUGAUGCUGUGUUUCAGACCUGCCAUCAGUACUAUUGAAAGAGAGGCAUAAAAUCGUUCUGCUUUUUUUUUUUUUUAAGGCCAGUCUAACAUCUCAGGCCAUGGAGUGAUUAGCGUCUGGUCCAGAGCACUGGACAAGGACUUGCAGACUUGAGUUGUCACCUUGGGCCUAGGGACUUCCUCGGCUCUGAUUUCUUAGGCCAUGGUGCCCCUCAGGUCUCAUGUUGUGUUCAAGUCAGCAGUUCUCUUUUGAGUGUACGUUUUCUCUGGUAGUCUGUGUUAUAUGUUCUCAUCUGUAAUUUUGAUUUAUGCCAACGAGGUAUUUGUUCUUUCCUCCAGUUUUGGAGAGAUGCAUUUGGGCAUAUUGCUCUCACUGGGAAUAAAAUAAGAACUGUUUCACA